UGCUAAACUCUCAACUCCGUGUUUCUUUCUUCGACUGCAUCCGACGUACAUAAUUCGGUAUACCACAAGUCACGUUUCUCAAACAUGGCAGAGCCUCCAUCCAAGCGACGACGCUUAAGUGACACUGAUCAGGAUCCCACUGUAAAAAUCCCCGGUGAACUUCCGACGUCACUCUCACACCCGAUCAGUCCUCCCCCUCCUAGGAAAACGGUGGCCCGUGAGCGGAAGCUUAUUUCUUCCCCGGUUCGGCUCACCACUAUCAGAGAUCUUCCAGAAGAAUCAAACGUCGGCGCCGUAUCACUUCAUGACCUCCUCGGAGAUCCGCUCAUUUCCGAAUGCUGGGAGUUUAACUACUUGCAUGAUGUGGACUUCCUUAUGAAUCACUUUGAUGAGGAUACCAGAGCCCUUGUGAAAGUCCACAUUGUCCAUGGUUUCUGGAAGAAGGAUGAUAAUAAUAGGUUGUCUCUAGAGCGACAAUCAGCACAGUACAACAAUGUUACCCUUCAUGCGGCAUACAUGCCAGAAAUGUUUGGCACACAUCACUCGAAGAUGCUUGUGCUAUUUAGACAUGAUGAUACGGCCCAGGUUAUUAUACACACGGCCAACAUGAUUUCCAAUGACUGGACAAACUUGACAAAUGGUGUGUGGCAGACACCACGGCUUCCUCUCCUUACGGGCUCUCAAGAUCCAUCAGGGUUAAACAUGAAGAUCGGCAGUGGACCAAGGUUCAAGAACGACUUGCUGAAUUACUUACGAGCGUAUAACUCAAGAAGACAAAUUUGCAAAUCUAUGGUCGAACAGCUUGAGAAAUAUGACUUCUCUGCCGUACGGGGAGCUCUAAUUGCCAGCGUACCUGGAAGGCAUGAUUUAUACGAUGAUGAUCCGAACAAGACAUAUUGGGGAUGGGCGGGUGUUAAACGCACACUUCGCUCUGUUCCGGUUCACUCAGGGGAGUCGGAUAUCGUGGUACAAGUAUCUUCUAUCGCAACCAUAUCUUCGGUGGACGGAUGGCUUCGAAAGACGCUAUUCGAUUCAUUAUCACCGCCCACAAAAACUAAAACACCAAGACCUACCUUCAAGGUAAUAUUUCCUACCCCGGAUGAGAUAAGAAGAUCCUUAGACGGUUACGCUUCCGGUGGUUCUAUACAUAUGAAGAUACAGUCAGCGCUACAAGCCAAGCAGCUUCAGUAUAUGAAGCCUCUACUCUACCACUGGGCCAAUGAUUGUCAGAAAGGCAAAAGGGAAGAAGGCGAAUUGCAGGAUGGAGGGCGCAAUCGCGCAGCACCACAUAUUAAGACAUACAUCCGAUACAACGAGAAAAAGUCUAUCGACUGGGCUCUGCUCACGUCUGCCAACGUUUCAACUCAGGCAUGGGGUGUGGAUACAAAUGGCAUUGGUACAAUACGGAUCGCCUCCUGGGAAAUCGGUGUGCUGAUGUGGCCUCAACUGUUCGACGAUAAAGCUACAAUGGUAAGCACUUUCAUGAAGGACAUGCCCACUGAUGAAGGUCAGGGAGGCGAUGGGCCUCUGGUCGGUCUAAGGGUGCCGUACAGUCUACCCUUGCAGAAAUACGAUGAUAGCGAACUCCCGUGGGUAGCCACGGCAACUUAUGCCCGGCCUGACAUAAAAGGGCGUACUUGGGGUUAAGUCUCAGGGGCAGCAACGAUGCGGAAUUCGAUAUUGUAUAUCUGUAGCCCUGGAGAGACACCAUCCCUCACCAAAACCCUUGGAUUUCAAGAGGUACUAGAGGUUACGAGCAAUGUUAAAAUGUUAACAUUCACAAUAACAGCAGGGUAAGAGCAGGUUUACGUAGUUUAUAUA